UGAGUCUCUAAAUUGGAUGUGUAUCAAAUUGAAAGAGAAUUAGUAUAUAUCUAAAUCCUCCAUUUGGCUAAAGGAAAAUUGGGGUGGUGACAGGUGGAUCCAACUUUUGGUGGUUUUGAUAAAGGUGAGUUGUGAACUGAAAACUAGUGUUGUCGGUCUGUCAAUGUCACCCCUCACACUCUCUCAACGAAAGCCCAACCAUGGAGGAGGAUUUGUCACUGCUGGUUCCACUGCGAAUGUUGAUACAUGGAUACGGCGGCGAAGUCUCUCCCGACCACCGUCAGCUGGCGCUUGUGCCCACUACCACCUCCAGUACCUCACGCUUCAAGCUCCCCGAUGACUGGGUUGUGCAAGAAUCACCCCGUUCCGACGCUUCCCGAAUCGACAAGGUUCACUUACUACUAUGAACCAGAGAGUGGACAGAAGUUCCGAUCACUGAGAGCUGUUGAGAGACACCUAACAGGUGAAGUAUAUACACCCAGACUUAAGGCAUUGAAACUGGGUAAUUGUUUUAAGAAUUCUGGUACACGGAAGAUGGUCGUUUCCGGAGGAAAGAUGUUGCAGCUAGAUGAGGAGGAAGCCAAUCAACUUCAAUUAGCAUUUGUGGCCUCCACCAGUUCCACUGCUAGCCCAGACUUCGAACUUCCUGAAGGUUGGAUAGUGGAGGCGAUACCACGCAAAGACAGAAGAUACACCGACAAGUAUUACUACGAGCCUGGGACCGGACGAAAGUUCCGAUCCCUGGUAUCUGUUGAGAGAUACCUAACAGAGUUCGAUGAUAAUGCACCCCUCUGCGAGGCAUUUAAAUUGGUUAAUCAUGUUCAGAAAUCUGGUUGGCAGAAGAAAAAAAUUUCUAGAGAGAAGCUGAAGACUUCAAUACUUAAUUCUGCUGACCCACCAGUAAAAAUCAAUUGGGUUCUUACUGGUCCCGAAGGGGAUACAUGGAGUCCUUUCAUGGGUGAAUCGAUGGUACCAGAUUCUGUAAAGCAACAAUGGACCAAAAGAUUUAUAUCAUCCAUCAAUGACGGAAACUAUAAUGUGCCAGAUUUUGGAUAAUUAUGUUCAUGAUGAUUAGCAGGAGAGCACAUUGGGGAAAGAAAUGCAUUGUAGUGAUACUGUGCAGUUUUGGAGUUUGUUGUCAACUAUGGUUACACCAACCAGUGUAUAUAUUGCUUCCUUUUCUUUUUCUUUGAUCGUUGUAGUGAAGCUGUUGGCAUCUGCUUAAGUUUAAAUAUUACCAUGACGAUCUUUUGGUUUUGUGUGUAUGUGUUUAUAUUUUUCCUGACCGGUAAUAACUCGCUUGUUCAGUUUCAUUACUGGAGGAGGACCACUAGCUUUGUAAAGCUCUUGUUUGAUAGUGGAUUCAGUGAGAAUAAAACAAAUGAAAAAGGGAGAGGAAAAAAUAUGAGAUAAAGAGAGAAGAAAUUCUUGUAGUUUACAUUUCAUUUUUUAAUUUUAUUUUUAUCAAAUUUAUUGA